CGGAGAGCGUGCGCCCAGUAAACUCUAAACUACACAUUGAGUCACGCGUAUACCAAGACGGCUCGCUGCAUUCGUAACACGAUAGAAAUUGUAGUCGUUAGUGUGAUCUUGUGCGUUUGUGAUAACAAGCCAGUGUGAUAAGAGUAUUGUGAUUCGUUAAUAGUCAGAGCCGAACGAGUGUACCUUUUGAACUAAUAUUAGCGUAGUUCAAUUGCACAAAUUCAAACUGGACUAAACGCGCUGUGAGAGCCAGAUCCGAGUAUGGAGCAAUAUCUGGCCGUGGUGACUUUGUCGUUGAUUACAACAGGAGUAUCUUCGUUGCAGUGCUAUCAGUGUUUAAUUAAUCCACCACCUGGAGAGUAUUACAACACCACGAAACGUUUGUGUGUCCACUUCGAUUAUUCUGAUAAGUUCAUUGUGGACUGUCCAUUCUCCACUAUGUGUAUGAAGCAGGAUUUCUACCUUGACAUACAGAAUGGAGUGAGGAUAAACGGUGUUCUUCGUGACUGCGCUCAGCAAAAACACGAGUACCAGGAUUACAAGAAUGGCAAAUGGUCACCAAAAACAGAGGUCGUUGAGGCCUACGAGGAAGGUUGUUCGAGUCCGGACUACAAAGGCGAAAGAGCAGUGGUUACAAAGUACUGCUACUGUCGAAGCAACCUAUGCAAUUCAUCGAACACGAACCAUGAGGGCUACACCGACAUAAUGGGUGUCAUCGUCGUUUUUAAUCUAAUGAAAUAUAUCAACAGUCUUAGGUAGUCAACAAUUAAUGUAGAAUAAUGUUACUAAUACUCUUGUGAGUGAUAAGUGCCAAUUGUGGGAAUGGAGUGAGCAAUCUCAAGAAACAUCAUUCCAAGAAUAGACUGACAUGUUAGGUAAAUGUGAUUGAUGAUUAAGCCGACAUGUGAAAAUAUAAGGACACCGAUCAAAUACCUAAUCAAUACAUAAAACUCAUUGACGGCCAUAUUUCCAUACCUACAUCGACAUUGAAAACAAUAUAAUUUAACAACACCAAUCUGGUGAUAUUGGUGUCCUACCAAUCGAAAAGUACAUUAAUAUUAGAAUAACUCUAGAUGAUUGUUAUCUUGUACAUACACAAACAAACAUAAGAGAAAUGUGGUCGAAAAUUCAAAAAUAAAAUGAAGCAUAUAAUGUGUAUUAUUUCAUGUUAUUGUCGAUUAAAAAUCAUUGUAAAUUGUAAUAUGUAUUCAAAAUGUGCGUGCUUAACCAAUGUUAUGUGAUAAAUCAUAUUUGUGAUAUUCAAACCGUUAGUUAUAAGGGCUCUAACUGUAAAUACCUUAGUAGCAAAUAUAUUUAUAAUUACUUGUACAAAACUUCAUUUCCAUAUUAUUUUCUAAGCUUUUAUUUGCCGAAAUAUCUUUGAAUAAUUCAUAAGCAAAUAGUUAUUUAAUGUGUGAUAAAUAUCAGCAUUGGCAAAGACCUUCAUUGGAUAACGGCACUUUAAAUGCUUACUAAUAAUUAAGAAGAAGGUUUCAUACUUGAAGUAAGGUUAUCUUAAAUUCAGAAUCAAAAUGAUUUUGUGAAUAUUGUUAUCGUGUUUUCGAGUUGUUUUCAAUAAAAAGUGAAAAAUU